AUGGAGUUUUCUACCAUUUUCACCCUCGUUCCGUAUCCCAAGUCCCCCUCCCUUGGCGAUCCCGCUAUCUUCCUGCCCAUCUGGGCUUUCCUCUUUCUCGUGUGCUUGUUUACGAAACUGGUCACCGCCUUGUGGCCAUCGAUUCUCUUCUACCUCUCCUUUGUUGUAGCAUUCGCCCCGGACAAGAACUUUGUUGUCGCUGCCAUGUCCUGGCUUUCACUGCUUUGGCUUUGGAAGCCCUGGGCCGCCGCGACAGCUGACCUACGUCGUGAAGUCGAUCUCGCGAUUGACUUUGCAUUUCUCGCGUGGUUCCUGAUGGCCUUCCCUUUCGUUGUCUUGACAAUCUGGGUCGGACUGAUGGGGGUUCUUCGUCUUGCCGCCAACGCCAUAAUCCGCCGAAUCCAUGACGCCAUGGAGUUCGAACUCGACCUGGAAUAUGUCGCCAAAUGCUACUCGCCCAUGCAGCUAGAAUCACCCGGCGAUCGCGCCAUGAUCUGGCUCCUUGCCGCCUCUGGAAACCCGACAUUCAUCCUGAGAUUAUCUCGCCCUCCUCUCGGCAUUAACCAAGCUGGAAUUGAAGCUAUCUUUCGGGAUAAGCGACCGCGCCGCUUGGUGAAGACCUCCAUCCAAGAGCAGGAGCAAUCUCGGGCACGAUUGAAGAAGUUUGUGAAGGAGUGCCGUGCAGAAAUCAUGGCAGCAAAGGAAGCAGAGAGAAUCGCCGCUGCGCAGCUUAACGAUCCGAAGCCAACGCCAUUCGACAGCGAACCAGUGCCUCAGUCAAGAGAGACCCCCACCCCGGUGGUUCAGGUUUCUGCUUGGCCCACUGUUCCCGAGUCGGACAACGUCACAGAAGACGUCAAGACUGCCAGCGGAUUUAUAGAGACCCAGGAACCCGAGAUCACAUCUGUGGUUGAUGACGGCGAAAGUCUAGUCGGAGAUGAAGAAGACAGCAAAGCGAAGGAACCCGAGUCCUCAUCUGAGGAGUACGGUGAAAGCUUGGCCCAGGAACCCGAGAUCACAUCUGUGGUUGACGACGGCGAAAGCCCGCUGUAUAUCGACACCCAAGCCCAGGAACCAGAGAUCUCUUAUGAGAAGUAUGGCGAAAGCUUCGCCGAGGAUCCCGAGUCCACAUAUGUGGAGGACGACCAAGGCCCAGUGUCCGAGUCGAGCGCCACGGUACCCGCCGCAGUCCAAACCGAGGAACUGGAGGUCUCAUUUGAGGCUGAUGAAGGUGAAGGUUUCACCGAGGAACUGGAGGUCUCACUUGAGGCUGAUGAAGGUGAAGGCCUCACGGAGGACAAGACCUCGUAUGAGGAGGAGUUCGACGUUGAGAUGACUGACGCGGAACCCCUUGAGGGAAUAGUACCUGGCCUCUUUAUUACAUCUACAUGUGGCUACUCCAACCCAUCGGAGCCUAUCCUGCCAUUGGAAGUUUUGGCCCCACGGUCUCCUGCUUGUCAGGAACCUGGUUACCAUUACGAUACCCGCGGAUACUCCAACCCACUGGAGCGUAUCCUGCCAUUGGAAGUUGUGGCCCCACGGUCUCCUGCUGGUCAGGUACCUGGUUGCCACUACGAUACCCGCGGAUACAUGUCAUUGUCGCCUAUUGUCGAGAGUGCUCAGCCUGUUGUCGAGGCCCAGUAG